AUGCAGAAUCAGUUGAUUUCUUAAUAUACGAUGCUGGACAAAAGUAAGUUCGACGUGCAUCUGCAAUUGUGGGCACUUAGAAUUCCAUCCCAACUCUGCAAGCAUGUUCUUGGCAUACUGAAAGGAUAUUUGCUUGAUAAGCCCCGUGUCAAACCCAUCACUGAAGAUCCAUCAUGUGAGAAAAGCCGCUAUAUGAUAUUAUCUGAAAGGAUUCAAAAUUCUGACUUAUCUGAGAUUCCAGAUCAAACGCUUGAUGCCUUGAAGAAGUUAUGCAAAAUUGAAGUUGUGCCCUAUUCAUUGAUGCUUGGGUAUUCUUAUUGGAGUGCAGAUCUUAUCCUAAAGCAGAUAUUGCCUAAUGGAGUGGAGGUUCCUUCAUCUUUUGAAACAAUAGGUCAUAUUGCUCAUAUAAAUAUAACUGAAGAACUACUUCCCUUCAAGGAUGUUAUUGCAAAGGUCAUUUAUGAUAAAAACCAGCCAAGAAUCAAAACUGUUGUUAACAAAGUUGGAACGAUCACAAAUGAAUUUCGAGUGCCAAAAUUUGAAAUUCUAGCGGGGAAUGAUGAAAUGGUUACAGAAGUGAAGCAAUAUAGAGCAACGUUCAAGCUUGAUUAUGGCUUGGUUUAUUGGAACUCGAGACUGGAACAUGAACACAUACGACUGGUCUCUCAGUUUCGGGCAGGAGAGAUCAUUUGUGACAUGUUUGCUGGAGUUGGUCCUUUCGCAAUUCCAGCUGCACAAAAAGGAUGUAUAGUGUAUGCUAAUGAUUUAAACCCUGAUAGUGCUCAUUAUCUAAAGAUUAAUGCGGCAAUCAACAAAGUAGAGGACUAUGUUUUUGCAUACAAUAUGGAUGCAAGGGCAUUCAUUUCUCGAUUAAUGUCAGUGCCUAUGAGUGAGAUUGGACAGGAACCUCAGAGUUCUAUACUCAAGGCUUGUGGGGAAUGUAACUUACCAACUGAUGGCAAAGAAUGUUCUGAGAAUGGAAGGCUGAUAGUUGAGAUGGAAGACAUGACGGGUAAUGAUUCAGGGGAUCAGAAAGCUCUUGGAGGCUUGUGUACGAACUUCGAUGCUGUGAACGCUGCCAAAAGACGUGCAGAAAGUUGUGAGGAAGAAGACAAGAAUGUGGAUGGUCAUAGUGCAUCUGCUGUCUGUAGGAGAAAUUUGAUCACAAACAAAAGAAUCAGAGGCUCUAGGUUAUCCAAUACUAAGACAUGGGAACAUGUCGAUCAUGUGAUUAUGAAUUUACCUGCAUCUGCCAUACAGUUUCUUGAUGCUUUUAGGGGCCUUAUCCAAAGGAAAUACUGGAAGGGACCUUUGCCUUGGAUUCACUGCUAUUGCUUUAUGCGGUCAAAUGAAAUUAAAGAGUUGAUUGUCUCUGAGGCAGAGUCAACUUUGAAUGCUAAGAUAGAAGACCCCAUAUUUUAUAGGGUUAGAGAUGUUGCUCCAAACAAGGCAAUGUUUUGCUUGAGUUUUCGGCUUCCGGAAGAAACCUGUUUUAAGGAAGACACUGAAGUUACCCUACAGUCUACUGAAGGGGCAGCUAUAAUAACUGACAUCUAAUUGAAAAAGGUCAUUGUUGUAUGGUCAACCCCAACGGUAAAGCUUUCUUCAUGGAGCCUGGGACUAUAGGCGGUCUGUU